UAAUAGUACAAAUUUUUUUAUAUGUAAUAUUUGAGAAGUCUUAAUAUAUCAGUGAACUUUUCAAAAACAAUUUGUAGUGCAUGAAAUAUAAUAUAAAUUCAGUAUAAAAGAAUAACGGGAAGUCGCAGCUAUCACAGAAUAUAAGUUCAGGAACAACUUUAAACUGUUGUCACUAUUUCAAGAUGAGCCAACAGAAUGCAGUUAAUAGUAAUAAUGCUUCUGCUGAAAGUGUAAAUGGUCACACAAUCCAUGAUAUGACUGAAAUAAAGAUACCAGUGCCAUGGGGUCACAUAAGUGGCAAAUGGUGGGGUCCCAGUGGGAUGCAACCAAUAGUGGCAUUGCAUGGUCGUCAAGACAAUGCUGGCAGUUUUGACUCUUUGAUUCCCUUAUUAUCCAAUGAGAUUUCAGUACUUUGUUUGGAUAUGCCAGGUCAUGGUUUUUCUUCCCAUUAUCCAAAUGGUCAAUACUAUUAUUGUUACUGGGAUGGUAUUGUUCUACUACGUAGAAUUAUCAAGUAUUUCAAAUGGAAUAAGGUAAAAUUAAUUGGACAUUCUUUGGGAGGUGCAAUAUCGUUUCUCUAUGCUGCAUCAUACCCUGACGAAGUGGACUUUAUAAUAAGUUUAGAUAUUGCAAGUCCCAAUGUAAAAGAUGUAACAAAAACUCCUGCCGUCACGGGUGACUUAAUUGACAAAUUUUUAAAGUAUGAGUUACUGAAACCUGAAAAUGUUCCGUCUUACACAUACGAAGAAGCGCUUGAUAUUGUAGAAGAUGCUUACAAAGGUUCUAUAACCAAGGAAAGUGCAAAGAUACUAAUGAAACGCGGCAUGCAACCAUCCUCUGAACCAGACCGAUACUACUUUUCACGCGAUCCAAGAUUGAAGGUUUCUAUGCUGGGUACAUUAUCCAUGGAUUUAGUACUUGCAUAUGCAGCUCGAAUAAAAUGUGGUUAUCUUAAUAUUCGUGCCACAUCUGGAUUAAUAUUUGAUAAGCCUGAAUCUUAUGAUCAGGUUUUGAAUCAAAUAAAAUUAAAUGCUAGAAAAUUUGAGUAUCAUACAGUAGAUGGAACGCAUCAUGUCCAUUUAAAUAAUCCUGAGAGAAUUGCAGCUAUAAUUAAUAAUUUUAUAAGUACUUAAUGGUAGAGAAAUUUAGAUGCAAAUUAUAAAACUAGACCGCGAUUGUAACAGAAAUUAGUUUGGUGCAAGCUAUAUUAGCUGCAUGUAAUCUGAAAUAUUUAAUUUAAAUACUAAUUAUUUUAGUAUAUUUAUAUAUUUUGUAUGUAUUACUUGUAUUAUGUACAAAUGCUGAAAAGCCACCAUGUAACAUUUUAUGUGCUUCCAGUACACACGCAUUAUAUGAAUUGAUUUAAUUUA